CGCCCCCGCGCGGGCCCCGCCCGGCGAGUGCGGCCCCGUCGCCGUGGGAACGGGGCGACCCUGGCAGCCGGUGCGAUGGAGGCGGGCGGCGGCGGUGGGAGGCCGGCCCCGGGACCCCCCCCGGGCCUGCCCGCUGCCCCCAGCGGCCCCUCCGGUCCCGAGCCGCGGAAGAGGCGGAGGAAGCGCAGUGUUCCCUCCAUCAAUCUGACCAGCUGCAAGUACGAGAGCGUGCGGCGGGCAGCACUAUGCUGCGGGCUGAAAGAAGCAGGAGAGAAUGAGGAGUGGACAGUGUAUUGGACGGACUACUCAGUCUCUCUGGAGCGCAUCAUGGAAAUGAAGCGGUUUCAGAAAAUCAACCAUUUUCCAGGCAUGAUAGAGAUCUGCCGUAAGGACUUGUUGGCUCGCAACCUUAACCGCAUGCUCAGGCUCUUCCCCAAGGAGUACAAUAUAUUUCCCCGCACAUGGUGCCUGCCAGCUGACUAUGGAGAUUUCCAGGCCUACAGACGUGCGAGGAAAAACAGAACAUUCAUCUGCAAGCCAGACAGCGGCUGCCAAGGGAGAGGUAUCUUCAUAACGCAUAAUCCAGAGGAGAUCAAACAUGGAGAGCAUAUGAUCUGUCAGCAGUAUAUCUCUAAGCCUUUCCUCAUUGAUGGCUUUAAAUUUGACAUGCGUAUCUAUGUGCUGGUCACAUCUUGUGACCCGCUGAGGAUUUUUGUCUACAAGGAGGGUCUGGCCCGGUUUGCCACCAUGAGGUACAUCGAUCCCAGCAGCAGAAACCUGGAUAAUAUCUGCAUGCAUUUGACCAAUUAUGCUAUCAACAAACGUAAUGAAAACUUCGUCCAGGAUGACAUGACAGGCAGUAAGAGGUAUUGUCUUGUCCAGGUACCCCAAUGCCCUGUGCACAUCCUGCAGGACAGCUGUACUUGGGACAUUGGUUUACUUCCAUCUUUCCUGGGGCAAACAUGCUAUCACAGGUCAGCUCUUAUCAUCUGCUGUCCUCCACACAGGAAACUGUCCACCCUGAAUGCCUGGAUGACAGAUAACAGCUACAACACAACCAAACUCUGGGAAGAUAUUGAAGAUAUUAUUAUAAAGACUCUUAUUUCAGCUCACCCUGUUGUGAAGCACAAUUACCAAAGCUGCUUUCCGAACCACACGACUGGCUGUGCCUGCUUUGAGAUACUGGGUUUUGACAUUUUGGUAGACAGAAAGUUGAAGCCCUGGCUGCUAGAGGUGAACCACUCUCCCAGCUUCACCACGGACUCUCCCCUAGACCGUGAGGUGAAGGAUGCUCUUCUCUGUGAUACCAUCAACCUGAUAAAUGUGCAUGCCUGUAACAAAAGGAAGGUGCUGGAGGAAGACAAACAGCGGGCAAAGGAACGGCUCCUCCAGGCCAAUCAGACUCUCCGUGCAUCCAGACGCGAGGAGUUAGAGAGCAACCAGGCUGCCUGGCUGUCCCAGGCAGAAAAGUAUGAGAACUCACACCUGGGCGGUUACCGGCGCAUUUAUCCAGCACGUGGAACAGAGAAGUAUGAGCCGUUUUUCAAGCAGAGUGGCUCCCUCUUCCAGGAAACAGUGUCAUCCAAAGCACGAGAGGAGUGUGCCAGGCAGCAACUGGAGGAAAUUCGCCUGAAAAAAGAAAAGUUGGAAGCCAUUACCAGGAAGAAGAAAACAGAGAGGAAAGAAGACCUGCAUGGAGAGUCAGCUGGGGACAAAUCCCAGAUCCGUAAUAAAACCACAGCUCCUAUGACCCGCCUCACGUAUAGAAGCACCAGGACGUGGGAUAGAAAGCUACGGCGCGUGCAGUACGACUCUAUGCAACCCCAGGAUAUUGUGGAAGAUGAAGAGAAGAAAAGAGUAAAUGCUCUUCUGCAGCGUGAGAACCUUAUCCGAGGCUUGGGCAUCAUAGAUCAGCUCUCUCAGCUGCUCCCCACAACUGAUAGACCAGCUGACACCCAGAGAUCCUGCACUGUUAUCCCCAAGCACCAGCCACAGUUUCUCUGGGAGGCGCUUGGGGGCCCGGAGACCCACUGCUUAACAACGCACAACUCCCUCUCGCUCCUGGGAGAUCCAGUCCGAUCUUCUUCGGGACGGCAGUUCGCACACAAUGCCAGAGCCAACACCGAGCUGCCAGCCGGCCCAGGCUCGGAUCCUGCUGCCGCAGGCACCCUCUCCAUUCGAGGCCAGAGCAUCCCUUACCACAAGCGGGGCCUCUGGGUGCAGGACACAGGCUGGCUGCGGGGCCAGGCAGCACGGAUGGCAGCAGUUACCCAGCCCUGCACCAAACCCAAGAGGCUGCAGGCAGGAGGCCAGCGGCUCCCUGGCACUGGAAACAAGGCUGAAGGCUGUGAAGGUGGCAGGCUGUCCUUCCACGCAGGCAGCUGUCACCCGGGUCCCCAGCCAGCACGGGGAAUGCCACAGCCAAUGGCACCUUCAGCUGUGCUGCAGUCCAGGAGCAAACCAUCUCCUCCGCCACCCACGUGCAGCACACGCAUGCCUCGCACCGUGGUGGUGCCUCGCACGCUCGCAGUGUGAAAAGCACAGGUAACGUGGCAGAGGGGAUGCCCACGC